AAUUUGGACCUCCUUCGCACUGGCUGGUGGCUUCAUCUCGAUCACAGCUCUCACCUUCUCGGGAUUCACCUAUAUUCCUCGCUUUGGUUUCAUCUUGCUAUCGGUUCAAGCCCACCUCCCCCAGCUGAAGCCACCGGCAUGCAACAUGUUGACGGACGGGGACCAAUGCAAGGAAGCCGAUGGUGUGAAGGCCUUCAUAUUUUUCGUUGCGCUUUAUCUAGUGGCCUUGGGGAGUGGGUGUGUGAAGCCCAACAUGAUAGCCCACGGGGCCGAUCAGUUCAACCAAGACCAGCCCAAGGAGUCCAAGAAGCUCUCAAGAUACUUUAAUGCGGCCUAUUUCGCCUUCUCCACGGGUGAGCUUAUUGCGUUGACCGUGCUCGUUUAUGUCCAAACGCAUUCCGGAAUGGACAUCGGGUUUGGGGUCUCGGCCGCCGCUAUGGCGAUGGGGCUCAUUAGCUUAAUAUGUGGUACACUUCUUUAUAGGAACAAGCCUCCUCGAGGCAGCAUCUUGACUCCUCUUGUACAAGUGGUUGUGGCUGCAAUUGCAAAGAGAAAUCAAGUUUGUCCAUCCGAUCCUCGGAUGCUUAAUGGAUAUAAUACCGAUGAAACAACUUCCGAGCUUCAACUCACUCAUAGAUUUAGAAUCCUGAACAAGGCCUGUAUCAAGACCGCGGUCGAGAGCCCUUGGACACUUUGCACCAUGGCCCAAGUCGAGCAAGUGAAGAUACUCAUCUUGAUCAUGCCCAUAUUCGCUUGCACGAUCGUGUUCAACACCAUACUGGCUCAACUCCAGACCUUCUCAGUCCAACAAGGCAGCUCCAUGGACACACGCGUCACCAAGUCCUUCCACAUCCCCCCGGCCUCCCUCCAGGCCAUCCCUUACCUCAUGCUCAUCUUCAUCGUCCCGUUGUACGACACCUUCUUUGUCCCCUUUGCCCGCCGCAUCACGGGCCAUGACUCCGGUUUGCCCCCACUUCACCGGAUUGGUGCCGGCCUCAUCCUGGCCACCUUCUCCAUGGUAUCCGCGGCCCUUAUGGAGAACAAGAGGCGUCAGGCGGCCGUGCGGUCGAACGAGACGAUUUCAAUAUUCUGGAUCACGCCUCAAUUUUUGAUAUUCGGGGUUUCCGAGAUGUUUACUGCGGUCGGGUUGAUCGAGUUUUUCUACAAGCAGUCGUUGAGGGGCAUGCAAGCAUUCCUGACAGCUAUCACCUACUGCUCAUACUCGUUCGGGUUCUAUCUGAGUUCAGUACUCGUGUCAGUCGUGAACAGAGUCACCGGCUCAUCGUCACAGAAGGGGUGGUUGAGUGAUAAUAACUUGAAUAAGGACAGACUGGAUCUGUUCUAUUGGAUGUUGGCGAUUUUGAGCUUCGCGAAUUUCGUUAACUAUAUAUUCUGGGCGAGGUGGUACUUGCGCAAUCGAUCUCAGUCGAAUACUACGGAUGGUACUAAGGUUCGGGGAGACGAGAAUAUAUAG